GAAGUAUUUUCCGUGCAAUUGAUUGCUUCCAUUAAGGAUUCUUGCUGUCCCUCCCUUGUUCUUGUUCUUGCGCCUGAAGAUUGAGCUUUAUUGCUGGUGAGCGAGUCUCUGUCUCUUGCAAGAUCAAAUUUUUGCUGUCCGAUGGAGCUUUCCCUCUGUUUUCUCUCAUGCCCAUGAGCAAGAAUCGUGCUCCCAUGUCGUUGGUAUACUUAAUCGUUGCGAUUGAACUGGGGUUCGAUCCAUAUAGUGGUGUACAAACUUGCUGAACCGCCUACUGAUCGGAUAAUGUUGAAUUUUGUUAUUCGCCCGUUGUGCUGCUGGUGAUAGUUUUAUUAAUUGAGCUGUGAUUCAGCAGCCAACAUGGAUUCUCAAGUAAUGAAUUGCUUGUUUGUUGGCUUGUUUUUUGCAAUCCUUGUUGCUUCUUUGGGUUGACAGUGGUCUUCUCGGAGUUUAAUUUGGUACUUUUAUCAAUGGCCUCCAUCCCACCCAAUAUGCGGACUCAUUUGGUACUUUUAUCAAUGGCCUCCAUCCCACCCAAUAUGCGGACUUCCGAUGGCAACGCCAAUGCCGGCCGGCGACCAACUCCGGAAAUGUCAGCUCCUCAGCGGACGAGAAAUCUCAAUCUGGGAUCUCUCAAACCGAAAGCUGACCGGAGCGGGAAGAUCGUAUAUGCGAACUCUGAGAUAUCUAAGCGGUUCGCCAUCGGUUUAGAUAAAGACAGGCAGGUCCCAGCUUCGGUUGUUCUGGAGCUGAUUCUGGUGGAUCAUGUUGAGCAGAUCAAAGGAGAAAAGCCACUAGCACUAGUCAGGAGUAAUGCAGGAAAUGGCACAGAAACAGUUUGAUCUGGGAAGACCAAGGAAGAGGUUUGCUGACAGAAUCCUUUCUGAGAUGGUUCAAGAGGACUUUCUACACGAAUGUUCCGGGGCUCUUACAUGGAGAAUGUCGUGGAUGAUAUUGCCCCAAAGCUUGGGGUUGAGUUUGAGCAGAUAAAGGAUCUGUACAAUGUGAAGUUGUCUGAUAUAUCUCGACCCAUUGCAACUAUCUCGUGCAAAUGUACAGUAUUAAAGGAAGAGCAAAGGCUCCAACUCUAUAAAGCAAUUUAAUCUACUCUUCCAUGCAGCUUUGGCAAUUAACUCGAGUCUCAGGUUCUCUUUUUACCCGGGGCACCUCUUGAGGGUUCUCAAAAUCACGCCAUAACUUUCUCCUGCUCCGGUUCGCCACAUGGUUGCUGAUAUCUCAUGCCUCAGCAAGUAUCUCGAUCUAAGGCUGAUGCUAUCUACCAAGACAAUCAUAACAGCUCUGAGUGAAGACGAGACAGUUGGAAUUGGAGAAUUGAUCGGUUCAGCUGUUUUAGAUCCCAACGUGAAGGGAGGGCUGAGAUGGCCUUUGGGGAAAGCUUCUUCUGGGGAUAGAUUCCAAGUAAUUGGAGUUUGGCACACAAAUUCUAGAGCUUAUGCGAGCCCCGCGUUCAGGUUAAAGGUUCGAAAUGCCGAUCGAUUCGAUUUCAAAACUUCAGCUGGGGAAGCCACGGGGGGAGGUCUCCCUAAAGCUGAAAGGACUAGCUUCAGAAUUACUGGGAUCGGAGCUUGACCUUGAAAUGAUCUAUGAUAUGCUUAUUGAUACAGUAAAGCUACUAUGGGAGUUUUUUCUUGCACUCGGACAGGUUCUUGCUUUAAAUAUGCUGCCCGAGAUCAAUCGAUGGAUGUUGUAAAUGCUAUAAUCCCAGUCAGUGCUUCAACACUUAAUAGAAUAAAGCUUCUGUUUCCUUA